CUAACUCAGAAGAUAACAUUGCAAAUAAGGAAAAAGCUAUUUCCCAUUUGCAAGUAACACUAUCAGAAGUGGAGUCAACAAUAGGACGACUGCAGGACUUACUAAAUAAUCGAGAACGUGAGCUAGUCAGUCUCCAGCGCCAGCUUGAUGAAACCCGAAAAGAACUUGCCGAAGUAGGAAGAGCAAAGGAAAUAGCUCUUAAGGAAAAUAGAAGAUUACAAGAUGAUUUGGCAACAAUGACAAGAGAAAACCAGGCUAUUUCAUUGGAAUUGGAACAAGCAGUUCAUGAAAAAGAAGAAAUGAAGAACAGAGUUCAUAAUUAUAUAACAGAAGUUUCCAGAUGUGAAAGCCUCAUGGCAGCUAAGGAGCAAGAAAAUCAAGAUUUAUUAGAUAAAUUCCAAAUGCUGCAUAGUCGAGCUGAAGACUUACAGAUAAAGGCCCAUCAUGCUGAAGGAGAAAGUAGCUCAAUACGGCUUGAGCUUCUCUCAGUUGAUACAGAUAGGAGACAUCUUCGAGAGAGAGUAGACCUUUUAGAAAAAGAAAUUCAAGAGCACAUAAAUGCUCACCAUGCUUAUGAAACUCAAAUAUCCUCAAUGUCAAAAGCCUUGUCUAGAUUGGAGGAAAAGCUCAGAUGUGAACAUGAUGAAAAAGCAUCAAUUUUAAAUGACCUGUCAUCUCUGAGAGAACUUUGCAUUAAACUUGACUCAGGCAAAGAAUUCAUUGCCCGGCAAUUGGCCUCCAAAAACAUGGAGUAUGAGAGGGCCUUGGAAGAAGUAGAAACUGCAAAAACAGAAGCAGAGCUGUUAAAAAAACAAUUGUCAAGUGAAAGAAUUACAGUUGACAACCUUGAAACAUUAUUGGCUACCAAUAGAGACAAAGAAUUUCACUCUCAUAUAACUUCACAUGAGAAAGAUUCAGAAAUUCUUCGACUUAAAGACAUGUUAACUCUUUCUGAGAGCAAGCUAGCCAGUCACAUACGAGAGACUAAUGUACUUCGAACUAAAAUUACACAGUUGCAGUCAGACAAUGAGCUUUUAAAAAGGCAACUUACAACUGAGCAAUUUGAACGGGAACGGGCAAUCCAGGAAAUGCGUAGACAUGGUCUUGCUACUACUUUGUGGACCUCUUCUCCAUGUAGAUCUCCUUCACGUAGAUCUCCUUCAUGUAGGUCUCCACAUAGGUCUCCUUCACGUAGGUCUCCUUCACAUUCACCAGAUCACUCACACCUGAAAUAGGUAACAAAAAGAGUUGUCUUCAAAAACCAGGCCAUAUGGGCUUUUAAUACAGGAACAGUACUGGAAAUAUUAACUGGCUUUGAAGUACUUAUUCCUGAAAAUCAUGAAGUGUAACAUGGAUUCUACCUCCGUAAAGUUUUCUUUAAAUCAAUGAAUAUUUAUGUGGAGAGAGAGUUUUUUUAAUGUGCUUGUAUACAUUUUCAUUGGCAUGUUAUAGACAGAAUAUGUACUAGUUCUGAUAAAUGAUAGGAUAUUUGUGUUGUUUUCAUUGUUUUUAAAUCAAAUAACUCCCCAAAGUUUAUUUAUACUGUGAACUAA